AUGGCUUCGCUUCGUCCAGUGAACGCGCUGGGAGGAGGAAACGGCGGCGGUAUCACCAUCUUUGCAGACACACCAAGUGCAUCCGAGGCCUUCAAAGAGAACGCAUCGGCAAGGUCGUCGGCCAAGAGCGCAGGCGGGCGGACGGGCCGACGGUUUGGUGCCCGGAUCGACCCCAAUGCCCAGGCCCCGCGCCAGCAGGCGAGCCGCAAGGCGGCUGCCGGAGGCAAGAAUCGCACCUUUGGAAGGGACAAGCUGGCGGCGCUGAGCGGCGAGUGGGAGGUCGAGCAGUGUUUCGCGUCCGAUCCGGCGCAGUGGGAGCAUGCCAAUGCAUACACUGAUGCGGAUCUCGAUGAUCUGGAUGCACUGUUGGCCUCGGCAGCCGGGCUGCGGGCACAGAGGCGCCGGCCCGCACAGAGCCGGCGCGAUGCCAGCCGGCUGUUCUCAACCGCCGGCACACCGCAAAAGGUGACGGCAGCGGAUGUGGGGCUGGGAUCGGCGGAGCGAGUCCUUGAUGCGGCGCUCGACUCGACAGCAGCGCGCCUUGGCGUCGUUGGUGGCCUGGACCUCAGCUUUGGAUGCGGAGACGCCGGGGAUGACGGGUGCGACAAUGGCGACAUCUCCCUCGGCGACUGGUGA